ACCUCAAGGCACCCUUUGAGGUGUGGAAUGUCGAAUCACCGGCAUCGGAUGUGAGAGUGCCCUGGGUACAACAACAAGCUGCCACUGCCUGCCAGUCUUUUGGACAAACAAACACAAUUUUAAUGCGGAUAGCAACCCCACUCCGAUUUGAGUUUGAAGCGUUGAUGUCGAAAGCUCCCUUUGAAGAGCAUACGUGGAUAGUCUUAGGCCUAGCACUCUCGGUUAAUGGUGCUCUCCUCGUAGGCGCUUCCAGCGGCAAAACGCAUCAACUUGUGAGUCAACGUUCGAUAUUACUACUCUCUUGCCCUCUCACCAACUGGCUUACUCGCCGAACUAGGAUGGUGCUAAGAAUAUUCACAUAUAUGGCAUUCCGUCUAAUAUCCUUGCUAGUAUCUAGCUUACACAGAAAGAACAAUAUCCACUCCAAGUAGGUGGUCCCUAACAUCUGCACCACUCCGCUAUUAUUGCAGUGUGACGCCACGUCACCCCCCGUGGCGUGCGUCGUAACUAUAUCCGGAUCACACCUAUCCGCGGCCCGCCAC